AUGGCUGACUUGCCCAGGGAGGGGAAGCUGGCCAGGUCUCCGGACUUCACCCAGCUGAUCGACAUGGCAUCGGAGUCCGUGGGAGGCAAGAUUUUGUUUGCAACGGACGACUUCUUCGCUCCCGCGGAGAACCUCAUAAAGAGUGACAGCCCGCGCCGCGGAGACGACGAAUAUACCGAGUUCGGCAAAUGGGCGGACGGCUGGGAGACCAGACGAAGAAGAGCCCCAGGUCACGACUGGUGCGUCAUCAAGCUGGGCGUCCAGGGCACCAUCCGGGGUUUCGACGUGGACAUUUCGUACUUCCCGGGAGACUAUGCUCCCCGAAUCUCCAUCCAAGCAGCAAACCUGGAAGAAGGUAAAGAACCAGAAAUCCCACAAAGAGGGGUCAGGAUGGGCGUGGCUGCCACCCCCGAGGAGUUGGAAGCUGUCGCUGAGCUGCGGUCCAGCGACUGGGACCUCUUGGUCCCUAUGACGGAGCUUAAACCAGAGAAGCCUGCUUCCAGCCACAAUUAUUUUCCGGUUAAUUCCCAGCAGAAGUGGACUCACGUGAGACUCAACAUGUUCCCAGAUGGUGGAAUCGCACGUCUUAGGGUGUACGGUGUUGGACACAAAGACUGGACGGCCGCUGACCCCAAAGAGCCGCUCGACCUGGUGGCCAUGGCCUAUGGGGGUGCCUGCGUAGGAUUUAGUAAUGCACAUUUCGGACACCCAAACAAAAUGAUAGGAGUCGGCCCCCCGAGGUCGGCGGCGGACGGCUGGGAGACUGCGAGGAGGCCCGACAGGCCACCCGUCCUGGAGCUUAAUGGGGACGGUGAGCUCCUCAUUCCCGGCUGUGAAUGGGCUGUUUUCCGACUGGCACAUCCCGGAGUGAUAACGCAGAUAGAAGUCGAUACAACCUAUUUCAAAGGCAACUCUCCCGCCAGCUGUAGCCUGGACGGCUGCAUCCUGACCACCCAGGAGGAGGAGGACAUGAUCAGGCAGAAGUGGGACCUGCCCGGCCACAGGUGGAAAGCGCUGCUCCCUGUCACGCAGCUGUCUCCCCACAGAAGUCACGUGCUCGACAGCCUCACCCUGGAGCUCCAGGACGUGGUCACCCACGCGAGGCUCACCAUCUGCCCGGACGGGGGCGUCAGCCGCCUGCGCCUGAAGGGGUUCCCCAGCUCCAUCUGCCUCCUGCGGCCCCGGGACAAGCCCAUGAUGAGGUUCUCAGUGAAGGCCGGGUUCAGGUCCAACCUGUAA